AUGACGCGUCCCCACGACCGUCGGUUUGCCCAUGUGCAUACCGAUCCGCGCUUUCGACGGCCACACCGGGAAGAUACCAAGGUGGUUUUGGAUGACCGCUUUAAGGAUGUGCUGACAGGCGCUGGAUCCAAGCAGAUCGAUCGGUUUGGCCGUGCAGGCCGUGUGAACGAAGCCAAGUCGCUGCAGCGUUUGUACCGCUUGGACGAGGGCAGCGCUGUGGACUAUGCUCGUGGUGAAGGCGAGUUGGAGAGCAGUAGUGAGGAGGAAAGCGAGGACGAGGAAGAGGAGGAGGAGGAGGAGGACGACGACGAGGAAGGCGAUGUCGUGCUUGGUGGCGCGGACGCUGUGCGACGUGCGAAGGCGGCGGACGACAGCGAAUCGGAUGCGUCCAUUGAUCUGGACGAAGAGCUUGAUGAGGAUGUGAUGGCCGAGCUGGAUCACCAAGCUACGCAGCAGCGACGUACGCACGACGACGACGUGGCGCGAGGCGACGAUACGUGUCGUUUGGCCGUCGUGAAUAUGGACUGGGAUCAUGUACGGGCCGCCGACUUGUACAAAGUCUUUGCAAGUAUCGUGAUGCCUACUGCGACGCGUGAGCCCCUCGCUCCCGUGCCUAUGACGGCCAAGACGAGCAAGAAACGCGCCUCCGAUGUGCACUUGGCUCUGACGCCUGUGCGUGGCCAAGUGCGGUCGGUGCGUAUUUACCUCUCGGACUUUGGGCGAGAACGACUAGCGCAGGAAGAUCGGCAGGGCCCACCGACGGCCAUCUUCAAGUCGUCGUCCAAAGUGAAGGCAUCGUCGACUACCACAUAUAUGGACGAAGGUGCCGAGUUUGACGAGAACGCCUUGCGCAAGUACCAGCUGGAACGGCUGCGGUACUAUUAUGCUGUUGCGACGUUUGACAGCGCAAAGAGUGCGCGGCACGUGUACAAUGAGAUCGACGGCACGGAAAUGGAGCGCUCGGCCAACAUGUUUGACCUGCGUUUCGUGCCUGACGACAUGGCGUUGCCGGAUGGCGAGGACGGCCGGCCGGCCGAGUUUACCGAUGAGGCGACGCACGACGUGGCGCAGUACGAGGGACUGGACUUCAAGACCGACGCGCUGCGUCACUCCAAGGUGCGCUUGACAUGGGACCAAGACGAUCCACGACGAACCAAGCUUACACGGGCCAAGAACCUUGAUGCCUUGCGCGAAGACGACUUGAAGACGUACCUGGCAUCGAGUGACGAAGACGAAGAGGAGCCCGAUGCCGGUAGCAAGGAUCGAUUGCGUGCGCUGGUUCGCGAUAUGCCGUCGAAGAGUGCGUUUGACGAUGCGGACGACGACGAUAGCAUGUUUGCCAAGCCGGAAGGCGAGAUGCAAAUCUCGUUUAUGCCGGCGCUGUCGUCCAAGAGUCAGCGCUCUGAUGCGACGCAGGAAGAGACGACGAUUGAGAAGUAUAUGCGCAAGCAGCGUGAGCGGCGGGAGAAGCGCAAGGCCAAGUCUGCUGCGCCGGCCGACGCGGCGGCCUCCUCUGAACCGAUCACCUUUGACGAUCCGUUCUUUGCUGACGAGCGUGAUUUGGAGUCGGUCCUGGCCGAAGAAACGAACGCGACGAAGAAGGCGAAGAAGGCGAAGAAGGCCGACGGGCAUGUCGAUACGCCAACGGCUGCGGCCGCGGCCGCGGCGGCGAACGACGACGGUGAGGAUGACGACGAGGAUGCCCAGCACUUCAAUUUGCAGGACAUUGUGCGUGCUGAAAAGAUGCAGACGAAAAAGCUGUCGAAGCACCAACGCCGCCGCGAGGCGAAGCGGGCCGAGAAACGCGCUGCCUUGGUCCAGCCGUCGUUCCAUAUGGAUACCAACGAUCCACGCUUUGCGGCCGUGAUGGAGGACCACCGCUUCGCGAUUGAUCCCAGCCACCCGAGCUUUGUGAAGACCGCGGGUAUGCAGCAACUCAUUGACGAAGGCCACCGCCGUCGGGCUGCCAAAGCCGAUCGCCUGGCCGCCGACCGUAGCCCGGAUGUGGCAUCGCUGGUGUCGUCUGUGAAACAGAAAGCGCAAGCGCCGCCGGCGAAGAAGGCACGUAGGUAG